AUGGCAUCCAAAUUUCUCAACCAUCAUGUCUCUUCUUAUCCCAAACUAUUUCUCACUUCAAUUGGUAAUUCAAAAAAUAAAAAAUUCUCUCACUCUCUCACCCUUCAUUCAUCUUCAACAAAACUAAACAAGACCAUCAAUGCUAAUAAUAAUGUCUUUGUGAGAUCCUCCAACUCUAAAGUCCAUUUUGCUUCGCCGAGAUUCGAGAUGGAGCCUGAUCCUUCACUUAUCAAUGAUGAUCUCAAGCCAACUACCCCAAGCCAAAGGACAUUUUCUGGGUUGGAAAUGGCUAGUCUAUGGAUAGGACUUGUUGUGGGAGUCCCUUCUUACUACCUUGCUGGAAGCCUUGUUGACCUUGGCAUGGCCUGGUGGCAAGGGAUAUUAACUGUGGUUGCAGCCAACAUGAUUCUUUUUGUUCCAUUGGUUCUCACUGGUCAUCCAGGUACUCGUUAUGGCAUAUCUUUUCCUGUUCUUGCUAGAUCAUCUUUUGGCAUCCAUGGUGCUCAUAUUCCCACCCUCCUAAGAGCCUUAGUUGGUUGUGGUUGGUAUGGAAUUGAAACAUGGAUUGGCGGUGAGACAAUUUUCAUUCUUUUGCCAAAUUCAAUAAAACUAACUACAUUAUCAAAAUCUCUACCUUGGCUUGGCACUUCCCCAUUAGAAUUUUUUUGCUUCCUAGUCUUCAUGGUUGCUCAAUUAUUAAUUGUGUGGAAAGGAAUUGAAGGGAUAAGAAAGCUUGAGAAGUACUCUGCACCAAUACUCAUUCUACUCACUUCCCUCCUCUUACUUUGGUCUUAUGUUAAUGCUAAUGGCUUUGGUCAUAUGCUUUCAUUAUCCUCUAAACUCUCGAAUUCCGAAUUUUGGUCUUUGUUUUUCCCUUCUCUUACUGCUAAUAUAAGUUUUUGGGCUGCUCUAGCUCUAAACAUUCCUGAUUUUACAAGAUAUGCUAAGAGCCAAAAUGAUCAAAUUAUUGGUCAAGCUGGUCUUCCAAUUUUCAUGGGUGCAUUCACAUUUGUUGGUAUAGUAGUAACAUCAUCAACAAAAGUUAUAUUUGGUUAUGUUAUUUCCAACCCAAUUCAACUACUUGGUAAAAUAGGUGGCUUUGCAACUACAAUAUUUGCUAUACUUGGUAUAAGCCUAGCUACAAUCACAACCAAUAUUGCUGCUAAUGUUGUUGCACCUGCAAAUGCUCUUGUGAAUCUUAAUCCAAUGUUGUUUACUUUUAGAAGAGGAGCUAUAGUGACAGCUUUUCUUGGAAUUGUUUUUCAACCUUGGAAGCUUCUUAAGUCAAGUGAGAGUUUUGUUUAUACUUGGUUAGUUGGAUAUUCUGCAUUGAUGGGUCCUAUUGGAGGGAUUAUUCUAGUGGAUUAUUAUCUUGUGAAGAAAACUAAUUUAAACAUUGAAGAUUUGUAUUCAAGAAAUCCUCUUGGUGCUUACUAUUACUCAAAGGGAUUUAAUGUGGCAGCAAUUGUGGCUCUAGUUGUUGGAAUCUUACCUGUGAUUCCUGGCUUUUUCCAUAAAGUUGGAACAUUCAAAUCAGUUUCUGAAAUGUUUGUUGUAAUUUAUAAUAAUGCUUGGUUUGUUAGCUUCUUUUCUGCAGGUUUGGUUUAUUGGAUUCUAUCAUGUUUGAAAAAGAAAAGGGAUGGAAAUCAAUGUUCCUAA